AUGACCUCUAAGGCCAGAAAUUCUUCCCACACUGUGAGUGAGUUCAUCCUCUUGGGCUUCCCUUGCCGCUGGGAAAUACAGCUCUUCCUCUUUUCCAUAUUCUUCAUAACUUACAUCCUGACCCUCCUUGGAAACAUGGCCAUUGUGUGUGCAGUGCGUUGGGACCACCAGCUCCAUACCCCGAUGUACAUUCUGCUGGCCAAAUUCUCCUUCCUGGAGAUCUGCUACGUCAACUCUGAUGUACCCAACAUGCUGGCCAACUUCCUCUCCCAGACCAAAACCAUCUCCUUUGCUCAAUGCCUCCUCCAGUUGUACUUCUUCUUCUCACUGGGCACAACAGAAUGCUUAUUUCUCUCCACCAUGGCCUAUGACCGGUUCCUGGCAAUCUGCCGCCCCCUGCACUACCCUACCAUCAUGACUACUAAGUUCUGCAGCAGCCUGGUCGCCUUUUGCUGGGUGUAUGGUUUCCUCUGGUUCCUGAUCCCAGGGAUACUGGUUACUCAGCUACCAUUUUGUGGCCCAAAUGUGAUUGAUGACUUUCUGUGUGACCUGGGACCUCUGCUGGCCCUGGCUUCAGCAUGUGUCCCAAUCCCAGGGACUGUUCUCAUAUGUGGCACCAUGAGCUCCCUCCUCAUUUUUGCCACCUUUUUCUACAUUACUGGAUCCUACACCCUGGUGCUGAAGGCCGUAAUACAGGUGCCCUCAGUUGCUGGCCGGAAGAAAGCCUUCUCUACCUGCUCCUCACAUCUGGCCGUUGUUGGUUCCAUGAAUGUGUCAGGAGUCAACAAAGUGACUGAAUUCACACUCCUGAGUUUUCCCUGCUCUAGAGAGGUUCAGGUCCUCCUCUUUGUGCUGUUCUUUGUGUCCUACAUCCUGACACUGAUGGGGAACGGGGCCAUUGUCUGUGCAGUGAAGCUGGAUCACAGACUCCACACCCCCAUGUACACGCUGUUGGCCAACUUCUCAUUCCUAGAGCUCUGUUACGUCAACACCACCGUUCCCAAUAUGUUAAGGAACUUUCUCUCUGAGACCAAAACCAUCUCCUUCACUGCCUGCUUCCUCCAGUUCUACUUCUUCUUCUCCAUGGGCAUCACCGAGACCUUCUUACUGCCCCUCAUGGCUUUUGAUCGGUACCUGGCCGUCUGCCGACCUCUCCACUAUCCUACCAUCAUGAGCAGCCAUCUCUGCAUGAACUUGGUGGUCCUCUGCUGGGUAACAGCCUUCCUCUGCUAUCCAGUCCCUAUAUAUCUUAUCACACAACUUCCCUUUUGUGGCCCCAAUACCAUUGACCACUUUGUCUGUGACCCUGGUCCUUUACUGGCCCUCUCUUGCAUCCCUGCUCCUGGAAUUGAGCUCUCCUGUUCUAUAUUGAGCUCUCUUAUUAUCUUCAUCACUUUCUUCUUCAUCCUUGGGUCCUACACCCUGGUUCUCAGAGCCGUGUUGCGUGUCCCUUCAGCAGCUGGCAGAUGUAAGGCCUUCUCCACCUGUGGUUCCCACCUGGCUAUAGUGUCUCUGUUCUAUGGAACUAUCAUGGUGAUGUACAUAAGCCCAACCUCUGGAAAUCCAGCUGGGACACAGAAGAUUGUCACCUUGUUGUACUCAUCAGUGACCCCACUUGUAAACCCUCUGAUCUACAGUCUCCGGAACAAGGACAUGAAGGCUGCCUUGAGAAAAAUCCAGAUGUGCACAAAAAUUAGCCAAAGCAAAUGA